AUGAAUACAAUUGAAGUGUUGAAGAGUACUCGUGGAAAUCCGAUGAUUUACUUUUCGGGAUAUCUAUACACUCAACAUCGAAUUACAGAAGAAAAACGUAUAUUUCGUUGUGAAGAUCGAAAUUGUAGAAGUCGUUGUCAAACAAAUAUUGAAACGAAAGUAUUCAUCAAAGAACCAACUGAACAUUCUCAUGCACCUGAUCCAAAUCGACUUCAUAUUAUUCAGCUGAAAAAUGAACUUAAAGAACGUAGUGCUUCAUCAGAUGAAGGAACUGCUACCAUAUUAUUUGAUGUAUUACGUAAAGUACCAUUAAAUGUAAGUGCUAAUUUACCUACAAACGAAGCAUUAUUACAAACAAUUCGUCGUGAGCGACCUGCUAUUCAAAUUGAUCAUAAUGGUCGUUUACCACUUAUAUUACGACAAACUGAUCGUGGAGAAAAUUUCAUUUUCUAUGAAGAUGAGUCAAUGGUUAUAUUUACUUGUGAUAAAAAUCUAUUGGUUUUAAAUCAGUGUAAACAUUGGUUUAUGGACGGUACUUUUAGUAUAUGUCCAAAAAAUUAUUAUCAAUUAUUUACCGUCCAUGGAAUGUAUUCUUCACAAAUUAUUCCACUUGUAUAUGUUUUACUUAUUGGAAAGGAUACAAA